GAAGACGAAAACGGAAGCGUUUCUCGGUGUCCUUGUCCGACAGUGGCGACUCAAGACGUGUAGUGAAGAUGUACAGACAUAUAUUUGCGCUCCAGCAGGUGGCGCGGCGGACCAUCUCCAGCUCUGCCCGCCGGCAGGUCGAAAACAAAGUCCCACAGAAACAGAAGUUGUUUCAGGAGGAUAAUGAUAUGCCGAUUCAUCUAAAAGGAGGCACAUCUGAUGCUCUGUUGUACAGAACAACGAUGGUCCUCACUGUCCUGGGAACUGGGUAUGUUGUGUAUGAAGUGGUGAAGGCAGCGUUCCCUCAGAAGAAAGAAUAACUCAGCCUCUGCAGCUGUUUACCUUCCUUUAAAAAACCUGCCAGCAGCUCUUUAGUGUGUAAAAAGAUGAUAAUCUGCUGUGUGUACUGGGCUGCGGGUUUCCUGUCAUGGUGUGAUGCUGUUUAAUGUUCAUGGGAUCAAUAUUUAUUUCUUGUACUGUCUCUGAUGACUUGAGGAUCAAUAAAACAUUCUUCUCAUGACCAAAA